GAAUACCGAUACGACGCGCGCCCUCUUGCGACUAACAAGAAUUGCCGAGCAACCGGAGAAGCUUUGUCAUGUCAAUUGAGUAAAUUUCGGACUUAUUUGAUAAGAAAAUUGCAUCCGUUUAUGUGGGCGUUUGAGAAAAUAAAGUGAAAUUGAGAAUUUUCAGGAAUUCUGCAUUGAUCUACAAGUGAGAGAGAGAGAGAGAGAGAGAAUCAGAAUGAAUCCUCAGCAUCAGAGGUCACUGUCUAGUGCUAACAUUGACAACAAGGCUUUCAGAGAGGCCAUCUGUAAGAUGAGGAAUGAUGUCCUGGAGAGUAAGGCUGAGACGCAGAGAGUACGAGAUCAGCUCAACUGUCUUGUUAUGCUUGUCAGGAGGGCUUGGACAGGUGAUCAAGCAGCAGUCGUCCAUGUUUCUAACAUUGUUGGUUCCCCAAUACCUUCAUUCCUGAGGAGGAUGGACGAUGAUGAAGGAGAAGGAGAGUAUAAGAAUGCUGCCAUCCACCACUGGGCCGUGCUGUCGAUUGGUCUGCUGAAUAGACAUUACCAGCAGCUAGAAGCAGAAGGCCUGGCUUAUGCCAAGGCUAGACUACAGCACAGACAGGAGUACUUAGAUGAACAACUUCAGGUGCAUAGAGAGACAUUAAUGAGGGAGAAGAGAUUGUUGAAGAAAAGAAUCAUGUCUGCCAAUACCAAGCCAAGGUUCCCUGAACAGGUGUUUCACCCAGCAAACAGUAGAGUACAUCGAGAUGAUAGUCACAGAGGAAACACGGAGAUAACGGCUCACCCUGGGACAUUGGUAGAGUUCUUAUACCCAGGACAAAAGAUUGAUAAACAGCCUAAACAGAAUAGAUUGACUCAAAGGAGAUAUUCACAGCCUGGUCUAUAUGAUAGCAGUGGUGUGGUAGAGAAACCUAAGCGUCCAGUUAGUGCUAUUCAUCAACGUAAGACUGAUUCUCAGAGGGCAAAGGCUCGGAGUGCAGUUAAAACUGUAACUGUUAAAGGAGACAGGCCACUCAAGUACGAGACAACUCGUCCAGUAUCUGCCAAGACCACAAGCACAACUUUCCUGACUGACAUCUCCUCCAACCCAUCCUCAAACAUGAACAACAGUCUAGCCAGAAAGCCUCGUGCCAAGAGUGCCAAGGCAUACAUUGGUCUCAACUCAAGAGCCCUCCACAACAAUGAGCGCAGGUACCCCGCCCCCACACCCACCGGACAGGAAGAUGGUUACUAUGACAACCGUGAGCAUGCUGAAGACAUGGGUCAUGUGAGUCCUUUCAGGGAUGGAGUGACCAAUGAUCUUAAGAAGAUUGAACUCAUGGAGGAAGACUUUAGAAAGACAGCUACCAUGUUGCAGCAGAGGCUUGGUAUUUCAAAUGGAGUUGUGUGAAGAUUAAUUGUGUUUGAUUGCUAUUGAAUGCUGAGGAAUAAGGGCUUCUCAUUUUAUCCUGAAGAAAUUGUGUUAUAUUUCUUUUGACAGAUCUGUUUAAGUAUUCAACUUUUUGAACAAAUUCAUGUGAGUUUAUGUCUUUUAUAUCUUGGGGUUUGUCUUACAAAGAGAUGUGAUGGAUUCAAAUCAAACUCAAAGUUUGAUUUCAAGAGCUAAAGUUUGUGUAGCUAAGGGUGUGUUCAAUGUCGGUUUAUGAUGUGGAAGUGGUUCAUCGUGGUGAAGGAUUGAGUAGAAGAAAUAACCAGUUGUCUCACAAUGUAUCAAACGUAGAACUACAAUUGACCUUUCUUGUGAAUGGGUCAAACUGCGCAGUAAGCUGCGCUAAAUGAGAGCGGGAAAUUUAAAGAUGAUCGACGUAUCAUCAGCUUUAUAUAUUUUACACUGAACAGUGCACCCAUGAUCGUGUUUGCAUUCUGUGUUUUUGAUCAUGAUCUAUGUUGUUUAAAUUUGGAAAUUGACAUUGAACACACCCUAAGUGAUAUGAAUUUUAAAUCAAUUGCAAUUUGAGUUUGAUGAGAGUCUAUUGAAACUCUUUGUAAGUCGGGCCUUGCUGGACUUUAUUCACAUAGCAAAUUAAGCUCAUCCUUUGAUCAGAGUUCUGCAAGCCAUAUGUCAAUCUGAGUGUAUGAAGUACAGCCUUUAUUUAUUGAUUAAAUUUUUCAAGCAUGAUUAUUUGAAUGUGUUUUCUUAGAAAUCUGGAAAAGUUGAUAUUUUAUUUCUUUAAUUGACCUGCUAAUGAUCUAAUGAAAGCAGUCAUAUAGAUGGUAUAAUGGUUGUAAUUAAAACAUUGAAGACUUUCUUUCCUUCAAAGAGGAAGUCAUAUUUUUUUUAAAGUGCUUUCAUAAUACCAUUCACAUUAAUUUUAACAAAUUUUCAUAAGGAAACUUAAGCAUUUAAAUUCAUAUUUUUCAGGGAAAAAUUUACCAUUUGUGGGUUUGUCUAAUUUACCUUCGAAGUCAUAGGCUUAACUGUUAAAAUUAAUUUGAUAUUUAUAUUUGAAAAGCAUUAUACUUAUGUGAAGCCUGUUGCUGUAUCUUCCUUCAUUUAUUGAAAAUUGCCUUCAUAUUUAUGCAGAAAUGUACCUGUUUUUUCCUAGCUCUAGUCAGAAAGUUUAGUAAAAUAGAAUGAGAUGAAUCAUUUUAGUGACAAAAAAAUGCUUAUGCGUUUCUCUUUUUGACUUUGUACAGUCUACUUUGACUAAAUGUACAUGUAUAUAUAUAUGCAGCAUGUUCAUGAUGCAUUGGGUUUUGAACCAAUUAUAGGUGUUUAUCAAAUGCAGUUUAUUUGCUGAUAUUUUGAAUGAUGUUGGAAAUUUUGUGCAAUUUUGAUAUUCUUUACUCCAACAAUUGUUUUUCCAGGUGUAUGAUACUAAAAUAAAUGUAUAAGCUUUAAUCCUUCA